AGAGGGACCGCCCGCGAUCGCUACGCCUCGCAAGAGCUUGAAAGCGUGCUUGCCUGCCAUUUCCAGCUUCCAUUUCCUCCCCCUUCCAUCUCCAUCUCCAUCUCCCACCUCCGCCACCUCUUCUCCCCCCUCCCUCCACGGCGAGCCACGACGAGGUUUCUUCUCUCUUCCUCGCCCAUUCCUCCUCCUAAUACUACCACUACUAGCUCCCGCCGGUGGACGCGCCCGGCCCGACCUCGCCGUCGCAACGGUGCUCCAGCGUGCCAGCGGACAGCGGCGACCCAUCCGCGGCGGCGGCGGCGGCGAGAGAGCACGCGUCGGUGAGCGGUCGUAGAGAUGCGGCAGCGCACGAGGUCGUAGGGAGGGGGGGUUCGGCUCUGGUUCCACUGCGACCAUUGUGAAGGGAAGAUGGGCUCUGCGGCGGCGGCUCGCACGCCCUGGGCUCUGCAGCUCGGCGUGGCGCUGGCCUUCCUGCUGGCCACUACCUGCCAUGGCCUGAACCAUGAAGGCUGGCUUCUCCUGACGCUGAGGAAGCAGAUAGUUGACACCUUCCACCACCUUGACGACUGGAACCCCGAGGAUCCAUCGCCGUGCGGGUGGAAGGGCGUCAACUGCUCGUCGGGGUCUACGCCGGCGGUGGUGUCCCUCAACCUCAGCAACAUGAACCUGUCGGGCACCGUCGACCCGAGCAUUGGUGGCCUGGCUGAGCUGACUAACCUUGAUCUGUCAUUCAAUGGGUUUUCUGGCACUAUCCCUGCAGAGAUUGGGAAUUGCUCGAAGUUGACGGGGCUCAACUUGAACAACAACCAGUUCCAGGGCACAAUCCCCGCUGAGCUCGGGAAGCUGGCUAUGAUGAUCACAUUCAACCUGUGCAACAACAAGCUCUUUGGUGCAAUACCUGAUGAGAUUGGUAAUAUGGCAUCACUCGAGGACCUGGUAGGGUACAGCAAUAAUCUCUCUGGCUCUAUACCUCAUACUAUUGGUAGGCUUAAGAACCUGAAAACCGUCCGGUUAGGUCAGAAUGCAAUAUCUGGUAACAUUCCUGUCGAGAUAGGUGAAUGCCUCAACCUGGUGGUGUUUGGUCUUGCACAAAACAAGUUAGGAGGGCCAUUGCCUAAGGAGAUUGGGAAACUGACAAAUAUGACAGACUUAAUAUUGUGGGGAAAUCAGCUUUCUAGUGUGAUUCCCCCAGAGAUUGGAAACUGCAUAAAUCUUAGGACAAUUGCCCUUUAUGACAAUAAUCUGGUUGGGCCUAUUCCUGCAACAAUCGGGAACAUCCAGAACCUUCAGAGGCUAUACCUCUACAGGAAUUUAUUAAAUGGUACGAUUCCGUUAGAAAUUGGCAAUCUUUCUCUUGCAGAGGAGAUUGACUUUUCAGAGAAUGUUUUAACUGGAGGGGUACCAAAGGAAUUUGGCAAGAUACCACGAUUGUAUUUACUCUAUCUCUUCCAAAACCAACUCACUGGCCCUAUUCCUACCGAGUUGUGUGUAUUGAGGAAUUUGAGUAAGCUUGAUCUUUCGAUCAAUACACUCAGUGGCCCAAUUCCAGCCUGUUUUCAGUACAUGAGCAGACUAAUCCAAUUGCAACUAUUCAACAAUAUGCUGUCAGGUGACAUACCUCCAAGAUUUGGUAUCUAUAGCCGGCUUUGGGUGGUGGAUUUCUCAAAUAAUAAUAUAACCGGGCAGAUACCUCGAGAUCUUUGCAGGCAGUCGAACCUUAUUUUGUUGAAUUUGGGGGCUAACAAGCUGAUUGGGAACAUCCCCCAUGGAAUCACCAGUUGUAAAUCCUUGGUGCAGCUUCGUCUCGCUGAUAACAGUCUGACAGGAAGCUUCCCAACUGAUCUCUGCAAUCUGGUGAAUUUGACAACAAUUGAGCUGGGUCGAAACAAGUUCAAUGGUCCUAUUCCUCCUCAGAUAGGCAAUUGCAAGUCUCUCCAAAGGCUUGACCUAACAAAUAACUAUUUCACAUCAGAGUUGCCUCAAGAAAUAGGUAAUCUGUCAAAGCUCGUCGUCUUCAAUAUAUCAUCCAAUAGACUAGGCGGAAGCAUACCAUUAGAAAUUUUCAAUUGCACUAUGUUGCAACGCCUAGAUCUCAGCCAAAAUAGCUUCGAAGGUUCAUUGCCAAAUGAAGUUGGCAGCCUGCCUCAGCUGGAGCUGCUAUCAUUUGCUGACAAUAGGCUCUCUGGAGAGAUACCACCUAUUCUUGGUAAACUUUCACAUUUGACAGCUCUACAGAUUGGUGGCAAUCAAUUCUCUGGUGGAAUACCGAAGGAGCUUGGACUACUCUCAAGUUUGCAGAUCGCCAUGAAUUUGAGUUAUAACAAUCUCUCUGGCAACAUACCAUCAGAGCUUGGUAAUCUUGCAUUAUUGGAAAAUUUGUUUCUCAAUAAUAACAAGCUGACAGGUGAAAUCCCAGAUACCUUUGCAAAUCUGUCUAGUUUGCUUGAGUUCAAUGUCUCCUACAAUAAUCUCACCGGCGCUCUCCCCACUAUACCACUUUUUGAUAACAUGGCGUCAACCAGCUUUCUUGGAAACAAAGGACUAUGUGGCGGACAACUUGGCAAAUGUGGGUCUGAGUCAAUAUCUUCUUCCCAGUCAUCCAAUUCAGGCAGCCCCCCUUUGGGCAAGGUCAUAGCAAUUGUUGCUGCUGUUAUUGGAGGAAUUUCACUUAUUCUUAUCGUUAUAAUUGUGUAUCAUAUGAGAAAACCACUAGAAACAGUAGCUCCUUUGCAAGACAAGCAAAUAUUUUCUGCUGGGUCUAACAUGCAGGUUUCUACCAAGGAUGCAUAUACAUUUCAGGAAUUGGUUUCUGCCACAAAUAAUUUUGACGAGAGUUGUGUUAUUGGAAGAGGUGCAUGUGGAACAGUGUACAGAGCCAUCUUGAAAGCUGGACAGACAAUUGCUGUAAAGAAGCUGGCUUCUAACAGAGAGGGAAGCAACACAGACAAUAGUUUUCGUGCAGAGAUCCUUACUCUAGGAAAGAUAAGGCAUCGUAAUAUUGUGAAGUUAUAUGGGUUCAUCUAUCACCAGGGUUCCAACCUUCUGUUGUAUGAAUACAUGCCAAGAGGAAGCCUUGGGGAGUUACUUCAUGGGCAAUCUUCGUCUUCACUUGAUUGGGAGACACGCUUCAUGAUAGCCCUAGGAUCAGCUGAAGGGCUAUCUUACUUGCAUCACGAUUGCAAACCUCGCAUCAUCCACCGUGAUAUAAAAUCAAAUAACAUUUUACUUGAUGAGAACUUUGAAGCUCAUGUUGGUGACUUUGGAUUGGCAAAGGUGAUAGACAUGCCAUACUCAAAAUCAAUGUCUGCAAUUGCUGGUUCAUAUGGAUAUAUAGCACCUGAAUAUGCAUACACCAUGAAGGUUACUGAAAAAAGUGACAUAUACAGUUACGGCGUCGUACUGCUGGAGCUGCUAACCGGACGUGCCCCUGUACAACCAUUAGAACUGGGAGGUGAUCUGGUAACAUGGGUAAAGAAUUACAUCAGGGACAAUUCUUUGGGUCCAGGGAUUCUUGAUAAGAAUCUGAAUUUGGAAGACAAAACGUCUGUCGAUCAUAUGAUUGAGGUCUUGAAAAUUGCAUUGCUAUGUACUAGUAUGUCUCCAUAUGACAGACCACCGAUGCGGAAUGUUGUAGUUAUGUUAAGUGAGUCUAGAGAUAGGGCCAGGAUGAGCUCUUCAUCCUCGCCUGCUUCUGAUCAUUCUUCAAAGAAGGAUAACUUAUGAUGUAUUUAUAUAUGUUCUAGUCAGGGCAAUGCCCUUUUGCUCCCUCUCUCUCCGCAUCACUCUCAGCGUCCACUUCCACCGAAGUACCGAACACCCCGUCCCCAUCAUCACCUCACCAUGGCGGCAGAGGGAGAGGAGGCGAGGAGCCCGCACGUCGUGCUCUUCCCCUUCCUCGCGCACGGCCACAUCCCGGCCUUCCUCCGCCUCGCCGGCCACCUCCAGACGCUCCGCCCGGGCCUCGCCGUCACGCUCGUCUCCACCCCACGCCUCCUCGGCUCCCUCUCCCUCCCGGCCACCUCCCCUCCGAUCCGGCUCCACGCGCUCCCCUUCGCGCCCGCCGACCACGGUCUGCCCGACGGCGCCGAGUCCCUCGCCGACCUCCACGUCCACCAGUUCAUCACCCUCUUCCGGGCCUCCGAGUCCCUCCGCCCGGCCUUCGAUGGCUUCGUCGCUGGCAUCCGGCCCCCCGUCUGCGUCAUCGCCGACUCCUUCUUCGCGUGGACGGCCGACGUCGCGCGCGCGCGGGGCGCGUCCCACGCCGUGUUCCUCCCCGGAGGCGCCUUCGGCCACGCCGUCUUCUUCUCCGUGUGGGAGCACCUCCCGCACACCCUCACGGCCGGCGGCGACGAGUUCCCGCUGCUGCCCGACUUCCCCGACGUCGUCCUCCACCGCACCCAGAUCCCGCAGUACAUGCUCGCCGCGACGGGGGCGGACCCCUGGACGGCCUUCUUCCGGCGGGUCAUCCCGUGCUGCCGCAAGACCGACGCCGUGCUCGUCAACACCAUCCAGGAACUGGAGACCUCCGGGCUAGACAUGCUCAGAGCGAGCUUCGGCGUCCAGACAUGGGCGAUCGGGCCGAUCCUCGCGGCGCCGGAUCCUUCGAAAUCGCAGGACGACGACGACACCAGCAUCAUCCGGUGGCUGGACGCGCACCCGCGGCGCUCGGUGCUGUACAUCUCGUUCGGGUCGCAGAACAGCAUCAGCAUCCGUCAGAUGGCGGAGCUGGCGCUGGGGCUGGAGGCGAGCGGGCGGCCGUUCGUCUGGGCCGUCCGGCCGCCGGUGGGGUUCGACCCCAAGGACGGAUUCGAUCCCGGGUGGCUCCCCGCCGGAUUCGAGGACCGGAUGGCGCGCGCAGGCAGGGGGCUGGUGGUGCGCGGGUGGGCGCCGCAGGCGCGGAUCCUGGCGCACCCGUCCACGGGCGCGUUCCUGACCCACUGCGGGUGGAACUCCAUCCUCGAGAGCCUCCGCCACGGCGUGCCGCUGCUCGGGUGGCCGGUGGGGGCCGAGCAGUUCUUCAACGCGAUGGUGGUGGUGGAGUGGGGGGUGUGCGUGGAGGUGGCGCGCGGGAACCUGGAGAGCUCGGCGGUGGAGAGUGGGGAGGUGGCCGAGGCCGUGGGGGCGGUGAUGGGGGAGACGGAGAAGGGCGAGGCGAUGAGGAGGAAGGCGGGGGAGAUCGCGCGCGCGAUGGCGGCGGCGUGGGAGGGUCCGGCCGGGUCGUCGGCGGCGAGCUUGGAACGGUUUCUCAGAUGCGUUGAGGCAUCGGCGCUCCGAGAUUCGUGCUUGGGUGCUUCGUGAUUGGUGCAGCGCGAAAACCACCCGUGUCAAUGUUGAUGUGAAUUCUCUUUCUAAUUUCUGAUUUCUCUCGGUUUAGAUAUUCUGUUAGACGUGUAUAUUUAUCUCGGUUUGGACGUAGUAUGUUCAUAGUAAGAAUCACAACUCAAGGGGAAGAUUUUGUGGUGUUAGAGUAGGGGAAAGAACAAAAUUGUCACUAAAGAAAAAUAACCCAUGUUAGAAAAUA